GAAUGUUUCGUAAACUAUUUCCCAAAACGAAUGUGGUGAAAGUUGUUGCCGCUCUCAGGUGGUGUGCUUGUAGAAAUGUAAGCUCAACGGUGCGCCCCCGAAUCUGUAUCGUUGGUGCAGGUCCGGCUGGUUUCUAUACUGCCCAGUACAUACUGAAACAUCUGGAUAAUUCGGAUAUUGAUAUCGUCGAGAAGCUACCUGUUCCGUUUGGUUUGGUGAGAUUUGGUGUAGCACCCGACCAUCCAGAGGUAAAAAAUGUUAUCAACACAUUCACCAAAACGGCCGAGAAUCCGCGCGUACGAUUUCUAGGCAAUUUAAGCUUGGGAAAAGAUUUCACACUUGAAGAGCUGCGCGAACGGUAUCAUGCUGUGCUGCUUACCUAUGGUGCAGAGCAGGACAAUACGUUAAACAUUCCGAACGAAACGCUUCAGAACGUGCUCUCGGCACGAGAGUUCGUUGCCUGGUACAAUGGGUUGCCCGGUUUCGAGAAUCUAAAUCCUGACCUGAGCGGUAAAUCUUUAACCAUGCUAGGGCAGGGAAAUGUGGCCGUUGACGUAGCACGCAUAGUACUGUCCAGUGUAGACGAGUUGAAAAAAACCGAUAUUACUGAGUAUGCCCUGGAAGCACUGUCUAGAAGUCGCAUCGAAACUGUCCAUCUCGUUGGACGACGGGGCCCAUUGCAGGCGGCGUUCACUAUCAAGGAGCUGCGGGAGAUGUUAAAAUUAUCCAACUGUGCGACGCGAUGGAGAACCGAUGAUUUCGAUCAUGUAGAAGAAAGCAUACCAAAUCUACCUCGCCCAAGGAAACGCAUAACUGAACUAAUGGUGAAAAGUUUAGCAGAACAAAUCGAAACUAAAAACCCUCCAAAUGGACGGUGCUUUCAACCGAUCUUCUUCCGUUCGCCGGUAAAUUUCAUUGCCGGCAGCACAGGCAAGGUUGAAGCGGUAGAGUACGUUGUCAAUAAACUUGCGGACGGUCGAGCCAUUGCAACCGAUCAGCGGGAAACGAUAGCGACGGAUCUGGUGUGCCGUAGCAUCGGGUACCGUGCCAUCAGUGUGGACAAUCAUAUCAACUUCGAUGAGCGGAAAGGUUGCGUUCUCAAUGCUGGAGGUCGUGUUUUGAAACGAAAUCUCACCGGAAGCGACCAAACCAUCGACGAUAUAGAGGACAAGUACGAAUCGGGUCUGUACGCGUCCGGGUGGCUUGCAACCGGGCCAACCGGUGUGAUUCUCACGACGAUGAACAAUUCAUUCGGGGUGGCCGAUUUAGUAUGUCGCGAUUUUAAAAGCAACGCGAUGCGGCUAAAAACGUCCCUGCCCGGACUGGAUCUUUCCGAUCGAAAGUACGUUAGCUGGAACGGAUGGAAAGCCAUCGAUACGGAGGAAGUUAAGCUUGGUGCAGCGAAAGGAAAACCACGGGAAAAGCUUACCUGCAUCAAGACUAUGCUUCAGAUUGCAUCUAAUGCAAGCGAUUAA